AAGGGCGGCGGCCAGGCCUCUCAGCCGCGCCUCCCCGGUACUACAACUCCCACGGGGCAGCGGGACGCCGCUCCCGCACCGACGGUGUUGGCUGGCCACCUCACUGCGGGCCGGCUGCCGCCACGGGGGAGGGGCGGAAAGAUGGCGGACGGGGUCGUGGGCAGAGACAAGUGCGGGGAGCAGCGCCUCGUGUCCCUGCCCCUGUCCCGCAUCCGGGUCAUCAUGAAGAGCUCCCCCGAGGUGUCCAGCAUCAACCAGGAGGCGCUGGUGCUCACGGCUAAGGCCACGGAACUCUUUGUUCAAUAUCUAGCCACCUAUUCCUACAGACACGGCAAUGGAAAAGAAAAGAAAGCACUUACUUACAAUGAUUUAUCAAAUACCGCAGAGGAAUCGGAAACUUUCCAGUUUCUUGCAGGUACUUAG